AUGCAGGCCCGCGUGGCCGGCUUCAUUGGCUCUGUGCAGCUGCAGAUCAAGAUCGCAGAGGCCACCUCCUCCAGUGAUGAGGUCACGCCGGUCUACAUCCUGGAUGAGGUCUUGUCGCUCGUGGGCAGCAACCGCGAUGCCAUCGACACCGCCACCAAUGCCAUCGUGCCGCGACUCAAGGCUCGCAGCGCCACCGUGAAGCAAAAGGCGCUGCGCCUGACACGGCACGCCUGCCUGAAGGGCGAUGCCGCGCUGCGCAGCCGCCUGACCCACCUGGCCUCUCCCGCCGUGCGAGACCUGCUCAGCUACCGGUGCGACCCUGACCCCUUCAAGGGCGACAUCCCCUGGAAGAGGGUGCAGGAGCUCGCCAAGGACACCCUCACGGCCAUGCACGCCGGGCCCGAGGCCGCCGUGGGCGGCGCCUCGCACGCGCUGCAGGGCCGCAUCCAGGGCAUGGGCAGCGGCGAUGCUGGCGGCGGCGGGGCGGCCUUCAGCGCCUCCUCCAGCAGGAUGGUUGGCUUUGGCAGCGGGGCGGCGGGGCCCCAGGGCACAGGCCCCACCAGCGGCGGCGCAGGUCUCUGGGCGGGCGGCGGCAGCGAGCUUGGCGGCGCCCCGACGCACGCCGGUGCCCCACCCCAGCGAGCCCCGGGCGGCGGGGGCCUGCUGCAGCAGGGCGCCAUGGGCGGCGGCGGGCCCACGGCGGCGCUGCCACACUCGCCGUCCCCGGCCAGCGCGGAGGAGAGGGUCGUGGCCCGGCUGGCGGCGCCGGGGGGCGUGCGCGCCACGCCGAGCGCCGAGGACCUGCGCAGCUUCCUCACGGCCGCCAUGGGGCUGGACGGCGCCAGGGUGGCGGCGGCGCUGUGGGGCCACCUGGAGAACCCCGCGCUGACCUGGCAGUCGCGGCUGCGCGUGCUGUGUGGCAUCGAGGCGGCGCUGGAGGAGCGGGCCGGCACGCCCCUGGCGGCGGCCGUUUGCACCCAGUUUCAGUCCCGCGCCAGCGGCCUGCGUGCGGCGGCGGCCCAGCCGCAGGCCAGCGUGCGCGAGAGGGCGGCCCACGUCUUGACCCUGACGCUGACGCAGCCUCGCCGGGAGGUCAUCCGUGCGGCUCGUAUCGCUGGGGUGGAGGUCCCCAACCAGAAGUACAUCGAGUACUCGCUGCAGUACGUGUAUGGCAUCGGCCACACCACCGCCAAGGCCAUCCUCGCCUCCACCGUCCCGAACAAGCGCACCCGGGAGCUGACGGAGGAGGAGCUGACCAUUCUGCGCGACGAGGUGGAGAAGUACAUGACGGAGGGGGACCUGCGCCGCUUCAACGCGCUCAACAUCAAGCGGCUGAAGGACAUCGGCUGCUACCGAGGCCGGCGACACAUCGCGGGUCUGCCUGUGCGAGGCCAGAGGACCCGCACCAACGCGCGCACCCGCAAGGGCAAGCGGGCGGGGCCCAUCACCGGGAAGAAGGUGGCGAAAAAGUAG